AUAAGUUAUCAGCUGAUUGUUUUAAUUUAUCUUGCAAAAAAUGUUGAUAUCACAAUAAAAUAACAUUCAAUUCAAGAUUGCGUAAGUUAAAGCUGGCAGAAAAGCGGUUCAGUCUAGACAAAGUUAUGAUUGAUUUCAAUGAAUAAAAUAUUCAAAACUUAAUAAGGUUUUUUAAGAAGUGAGUAUUGAUUUCAAAAAUUAUUAUUCUUUUGAUAUAUACAAGAUACACACAUACUUAUUCUAAUUAUAUGAAGUCGUAUGAGGAUGCAAAAGACCACAAUGUUGCGAAGUUCAAGAAGAGAAGAAAGUAUAGAAGUAAAAGAACUUAACUUUAUUUAGACUAAAAACAUAAGAAUCUCUAAAACGAAUCUGAGAUCAAACGUGAAGAAACAUUUCAUGGGAAAUCCCAUAAGUUUAUUCGGUAGUUUAUCUAUGAAACGGAAAAUUUCCUCCAGUAGCCAUCUAAAUGACGAAUUGCAAGAUUUGAAAAAAUCUGAUGAUUACUUGAAAAUUAAUGAGUUGUUGCCAAAAGUCUCUGGCAACAGUAACCAUCAAGAAUGUGUUCGUGUUAACACUGCUUCUGAUAAAAUAGCAGACCUACAAAUGAAAUCUGAUGAAGAGAAAAUGUCCUUAAAUAAAUCACAGGCGGAAUCUUGCCAUAACACAGUUGAAAGUUUUGAUGAGAAAAAAUCCUUAAAUAACUCACAGGCUGAAUCUUGCCAUAACACAGUUGAAGGUUUUGAUGUGAAAAAGUCCUUAAAUAACACACAGGCUGAAUCUUGCCUUAACACAGUUGAGGGUUUUGAUGAGAAAAUGUCCUUAAAUAACUCACAGGCUGAAUCUUACCGUAACACAGUUGAAAGUUUUAAUUCUACAGAAAAAUCAAAAAAUAGUGUCUUCGACUCUGAAACAUUAAAAAAUGACGGUCUUCAGAAAAAUGGCACUUCUAAAACUAUAAAUGACGUUUGCCAAAGGGGAAUGCCCGAGGAAAAAAAAUUUGAUGCGACUCAAAUGAGUUCUUCUGAAAAUUGCGAAACAGGGAAUUAUUUUUCAAAAGAACCAGGGAGCGAAUCUGCACAUCCUGAUGUAAAAAGUUUAAAUAUUUCAUUUGAAAGUAAAGAAAAACAAAAUGCAGUUCAUACUCUGAAAAAUACUGCUAAAAACUCGCCCGUUCCCCCGAUGAGUUUCGAUCAAAUUGAGGGCGAAUCCUCUCAUUUCGAAAUAAAAAGUUGUGAUAUUUUCUUUCAAAGUGAAGAAGAGGAAGAGGAAGAAGUUUCUCUAAAAUCUGAAGUCAUUGAAAAGAAGGGAAUCAGAGAAAUGAGGGAAAAUAGACACGGAAGAAAAAAAACUUUCAUAGACGGAAGCAGGCAAGAAAUAAGGGCACUUCCUGCGAAACAAAACCAACUACCAAUACAUGGUCAGAGUUUGAAUGAAUCCAUGGAUAACGAACCAAAUAAAAAGUCUCUCCCCGGUUUACGAAAGACGUCAACAAAGACAGAAUAUGAGCUGGAAAUCCCACUUAAAGCUUGCCAAACGGAAGCUCCGCUGGAUACAUUACAAAUUUCAGACAUUGAAGGCAGUGCCAUUUCUCAAACAAAACAUCGUGAAAAGGAGCACUCGAAUCCUGCAGAUGUGGUGCAAACGAAAGAAGAUUUUAUUUUUGAAGUAAGUCCUCACAAUUAUCAGACACUCUGUAAAUUCGCACGUGAAGAUCAAACACAGUGUCCAAAUACACAGCCAAAUAGAUCUACAGCAAUGAUUCUUCCUUUACCUGAAACUUCAAAUGUAUAUCAGGAUCAGGAGGAAUCCAUAAUGGUUUCGGGCGAAAAAAUUGGGCAACCUGGAUAUGCUUCAGGGUAUCAUGCAAAUGAUAAUAUCGAAACUAGUUCAUUGCAAACAAAACAGAUACUUUCAAAGAAGAAAAACAGUUUGAGAAACGAAAAUGAUUCAUCACGAAGUGAAGGAUCCAGCUGGAGGCAUGGAUCAUCUGUUUCUGACGACAGCUACAGCGACAGUGAGCCAUCCAUAGUUCACGAGUCUCAUAAUGUAAAACUAGGCAAUGAAGAAAAACCUACCAUGCAGUGGUUGAGUGAUAUUGAUGAAAAGUUAAAGACUUCUGAUGCGCAAAAACCAGACAAAGGCUGUCUUCAGUUUGUAAGUAAUCCUGGUAGAUUGAGUUUGGCGCCUGAUCAGUCUGAUUUGUGUCUGAGAUUUGAUAAUUUAAAGUUAGAAAUUUUCAAUAAGCCAUCGUUUCUGAACGUUAAAUUAACUGGUAAAAGAAGAGGAUGUAAUUUAGAAGGAACACAAAUCAAAACAAUUGGCAGAGAUAGCGAGUUAGAAUUAUCAGCAUCCGCUAAUGUUUCUAACAAGAAUAACAAUCAAAAGGCAACAGAAUCUACUGCUUUGAAAAAGGUAGAGACAAACUUACAUAACUUACCCUCUACCGUCAAAACGAAAGUAGUUAAAAAAGGUAAACCUCGUAAAAUACAGAAUACACCAGAAACUAAAGUAGAUCUUGGAGAAAUGCAAAAUUCCGUAAUGCAUCAAUCAAAGCCCAGACAUCGUCAUAACCAAAGCACGCCAAAGAAAGGUAUAACACAAAUAGGAAUUGAAACACAUGCAGAACAUCCGUUAGAAAUAGAAGGAAUAUUUUUCAAUAACCAAAGCACAACUUCGUUCCAAAACAACAAAACUCAUUAUGCGCCAUUGACUUUGAUGAGAGCUAACUUACCAGAACAUUCUGAUUUGACAGGAAUUGCUAAGCCGAAUUCUGAUUGCGAAAGUGAAAACCACCAGUUAGACGCAAUCGAAACAAAUCCACCUGCUUCUUUCGCAAUCACAGGAGGGCCAAAUGUUUUAGAUGAGGAAAACAGGGAUUUAGCUGCAGCUAGAGAGAUUUCUAACAGCAUGGAAAGUUUAGUUGACUCACUUAAUAGCUUCCAUUUAUCAAAUGACCAAAAAUUUGUUGCGAAAAAUAAAAGUGAAAAAUUUUGUUUUCAAAACAAAAACUUUAAAAUGACUUUUCAGCCCGAUUCUAAUUUGGACAACUUUAAACUGUUGUAUGAAAGCUCUUCUUCAAGGUCUGCAUUGGAGUUAGAAAGUAAUGACAGAAAGUUAGUUCUAGAAAUUGAAAAUAAUUGAAUUUGAGUGUUCAUAUAAUUUUAAGUAGUUUAGUAAUUUUUUUUACAUCUGUUCUAUACCUUUUAAUGCAUCUUUUUUGGAUAGUACUUUUAUGAAACUCUACAUUUAAAAGUAAAAACUAUAAAUAAUAAAUACCAUGUCAGAAUUAUCCUUUUAACAAAACACAUAUCAAUCAUUUUUAAAACAUGAAAGAUGAACUAGUUAUUAUAUAACACUAUAAUGUGAAAUCCCAUUGAAAAUUAUGGAUGCACCUAAUAAUUCUUUUUGCCGAAUAUUUAAGUCAGUUUAUUGAAUAAUAAUCAUCCCAUAUUCACCAUCCGAAUACUUUAUUUCUAUUAAUUAAAAUUUUGUUUAAAAAUUUCAGAUGUGUACUUUUUUAAGACAAUAAAUUCAAACAAUUUAAAGCCAUUAUGGAUGAAUCUUCUUAAGAAAUAUCUCAUUUUCUGCAAAAGUAUGUGCAAAUGAAUGUUAUUAGCGUGUUGUAAACACAUAUUUCUGUAAUAUUUUAUUUCUAUUUUGUUUUGUAAAUUGUGCUCUGUUUUGUUUUCCUUUCCCUAAAGCAUGCAUUUUUGUAAUGCAUCAAUUCUGUGAAACAUAUAAUUUCUGAAAUGCAUGCUGUGUAAUGUUUAACUUAUCAUAAAAUAUACAUUUUUGUAAUGCAAACAAUAUUAUGUAAUGUUUUACUUAUUAUAAAGUCUUAAUUUCUCUAA